AUUCCGCACCCCGCCAAAAUUUUACCCCACUGGUGUUUGCACAGUAAUAUCGGACAACCAACAACCGCCCAACGUAGCAUUUACAACUCCAAUCGCGAUCCUCAAAAGUCCCGUCGAAACAGAAAUAGAGCCUCAUUGAGCGAGCUAUCCACCGCGGGUCUUCAUUUCAGACGUUUUCUUGCUUCCUUUCACCCUUCUUUUCCAGCAACGAGGGCUGUCUUGCUCACCGACCACCAUAACAGGAGGGUAGCUCGGACAACACCGCAACCAUGGCGACCACUGUAGACAAGAUCAAGGAUAUUGAGGCCGAAAUGGCCAAAACCCAGAAGAAUAAGGCGACAUCCUUCCAUCUGGGUCAACUGAAGGCGAAGCUGGCCAAACUAAAGAGAGAGCUUCUGACCCCAUCGGGAACUAGCGGCGGCGGAGGCACGGGGUUCGAUGUCGCCAGGACAGGCGUGGCCAGUAUCGGUUUCAUCGGCUUUCCUUCGGUUGGCAAAAGUACCCUGAUGAGCCAUCUGACUGGACAGUACUCCGAGGCCGCUGCCUAUGAGUUCACGACUUUGACCUCGGUGCCAGGUCAGCUCAAGUACAACGGUGCCCCUCUUCAAGUCAUCGACUUGCCCGGUAUCAUCGAAGGAGCCAAGGAUGGUCGAGGUCGAGGUCGACAGGUCAUUGCUGUGGCCAAGACGUGCCAUCUAAUUUUCAUCAUCCUCGACGUGAACAAGCCUCUGACCGACAAGCGGGUCAUCGAGACCGAGUUGGAGGGCUUCGGCAUCCGUCUAAACAAGCAACCCCCUAACAUCACGUUCAAGAAGAAGGACAAGGGCGGGUUGAACAUCACCAGCACCGUGCCCCUGACCAACAUCACCCACGAAGAGAUCAAGGCGGUCAUGAACGAAUACCGGAUCAACUCUGCGGACAUUGCCAUUCGCUGCGAUGCGACCAUCGACGACGUCAUCGACGUGCUCGAGGAAAGGAGUCGCAGCUACAUCCCCGUCAUCUAUGUGCUGAACAAGAUCGACGCGAUCAGUAUUGAGGAGCUCGACCUACUCUACCGGAUCCCCAACGCUGUCCCGGUCAGCUCCGAGCAUGGAUGGAACAUUGACGAACUUUUGGAAGCCAUGUGGGACAAACUCAGGCUAGUUCGGGUAUACACAAAGCCAAAAGGAAAGUUGCCAGAUUACAACGAGCCGGUCGUCCUUCGUUCUAACCGAUGUACUGUCGAGGACUUUUGCAAUGCCAUCCAUCGGACCAUCGUUGAUAACUUCAAGACCGCAAUCGUCUACGGAAAGUCUGUCAAGCACCAACCGCAGCGAGUUGGCCUGUCUCACGAGCUCGCCGAUGAAGAUAUUGUAACCAUUGUCAAGCGAUAAAAAAAAGGUACACGAAGAGGAUUGGAAAAGAAGAAGAAGAAACAAACCCGACACAUAGUACCUUGUCAACUGACGAAGCGAAUUCACGACUUGAUGACCAUGAUUGCGCCUGGCUCGGGGACCAUCAACACCCCAAGGCGGUAGACAUACGUUGUAGAAUGGAUGGACGGUGAUGUACCUAGUGCUCCGCUGGAGCAAGCAAAAUCACUGGGCCUCGUGUGUGGCGCCUUUGAAUACUCUCGUCCGGGGGGGUAGCACGGCUGACCUUGAACAGCGCCAAGGAACGUCGUACCGGCGGUUGACAUCCGAUAGUGCGAAGGGAGACAGCGAUGAGGCAGAAACAUCAGCAAAAUGUUAUCUUGGGUCUGUGUUCUUUCGCAGCAUUC